AUGGGAUUUUCUUUAUUACUGCUCCAAACAUUGAUGGGGGAUUCUGGUUAUAAUAUAUUACCAAGGCGUCGGAUUCGAUCGCUUCUACUAUUCUUGUUAACCUUGUUCAUGGUUUUAACGUUUCUUAGACAACUUUCAAUUUCUUAUCAAUCUGACAUGACACCGAUUUCAAUCAAUUUUAAUCAAUCUGGUCUAGAUUGGAAUAUUCAAUUGGAUAAUAUCAAAUCAACUUCAGAUGAUUCAACAUUAAAUUUGAGUUAUCGAGUACAUGGAUUCUAUUAUGCAUGGUAUGAUGCUCCACAAAAAUUAUCAAAUCAAAAUUCAUUGAAUAAUAAUGAUAAUAACUGGUCACAUUGGAAUCACCGACGCCUGAAACAUUGGAAUGCUAGAGUUGCGAUUGGUUAUUCAACGGAACCUCAUUAUCCACCAUAUUUAUUAGCAUCAUCUUUCUAUCCAAAAUUAGGUCCAUAUUCAUCAAAAGAUUUGAAUAUUAUUCAUAUUCAUAUGGAAAUGAUUAGAUUUGCUGGAAUCGGUGUCUUAGUCGUAUCAUGGUAUCCAAAGGGUAUGUCUGAUGAUAAUGGAAAACCUGUGGAUGAUAUAAUAUUCCCAUUAUUAAACAUAGCUAAUAAAUAUGGUAUAAAAAUUUGUUUACAUUUGGAACCAUAUAAAAAUCGUAAUGUCAGUACAAUCGUUUCAGAUUUAAAGUAUAUUUAUGAAAAAGGAUACACUUCUCAUCCAGCUUAUUAUCAUGUUUCUGCUAAUCAAUAUGACGAUGGUAAAUUAUUACCUGUAGUGUAUGUGUAUGAUUCUUAUAUAAUAAAACCAUCAGAAUGGAAGAAAAUUCUUCAACCAAAUGAUGAAGAAACAACUAUACGAAAUAAAAUGUAUAAUGUACAUAUGAUUGGUUUAUUACUUGAAACUAAUGAUUGUAGAAUAUUGUAUGAAUCAGGAUUUAACGGUGGUUAUACAUAUUUUGUUGGUCAUGGAAUAUCAAAAGCCAGUUCACCAGAUACAUGGAAUGAUUUAUCAAACGAAUGUACAAUGUAUAAUUUAACAUUCUAUCCUAGUAUUGGUCCAGGUUAUCAUGAUCUAUCUGUACGUCCAUGGAAUACUGCAGCUAUUCAAUUACGUGAAUUUGGUUCAAGAUAUAUUCAAGUAUUUCAUAAAGCAAUGAAUAUUCAAUCAAAUGGUAUAAGUAUUGUAUCAUUUAAUGAAUGGCAUGAAGGUACACAAAUUGAAUCAUCUAUACCAUUUGAAUGGAGGAAUUAUUUAAAACAAUCAAAAGUGUAUAUGAAUUAUUUACCAUAUUCACCAGAAUUUUAUUUACGUUUAACACGUUUAAUGAUAAAUCAAUUUGAGAAUUUUACUAGUUUACCAAGAAAAUUUAAUGAGACAGAUAACAAUGAAUUGCAAUGGUUGUAUACAUUAAUAAAUAAAAUGAUAAAAAUUGCCUAGUGACAAAAGUAUAUGGUGAACAAAACCUUAUAAAUAUUUUCUUUAUACUUUGGAUUACUUAAAUAAGUAGUAUAAACAUCCACUUGUAAAAUACAUAUAUUGUUUUUGUU